UGCAGUUCAGAAGUGGGUGUGUGCCUCGCACCGGUCACGUGGGCAACUGUCUCGUUCUGGUUCAGGCGUCUAUAAAUUCUCCUUCUUAUAUAAAGUUAUUCCUUUCCCAAGUAAGACGCCGAGUCCAUCAACAGAGUAGCUGCGACUUGUAAUAGAAUCAUGGCAGAAGACCAGGCUUUUGUGACUUUGGCGACCAAUGACAACUAUGCCAGAGGAGCCAUGGUCCUGGGCAAGUCCCUGAGGAACCACAAGACAACCAGGAAGCUGGUGGUGAUGAUCGGACCCCACGUCUCUGACCCCUGCAAAGGAGUGCUUCAGAAGAUCUUUGACGAGGUACUGUUGGUGGAUGUGUUGGACAGCGGAGACUCAGCUAACCUGGCCCUGAUGAAGAGACCUGACCUGGGAGUCACCUUCACCAAGCUACACUGCUGGACCCUUACACAAUACUCCAAAUGUGUCUUCAUGGAUGCAGACACACUGGUGGUACAGAACAUAGAUGAGUUGUUUGACAGAGAGGAGCUCUCUGCGGCCCCGGAUCCCGGCUGGCCAGACUGUUUCAACUCCGGCGUGUUCGUGUUCCGACCCUCCAACGAGACGUACAGCAAACUGCUCCAGUACUGCGCAGAACAUGGCAGCUUCGAUGGAGGAGACCAGGGGAUCUUGAAUGGCUUCUUCAGUAACUGGGCAACAGCAGAUAUAUCGAAACAUCUCCCCUUCAUCUACAACCUCAGCAGCAUAGCAAUCUACACUUACCUUCCAGCAUUCAAACAAUACGGUGGCAACGCCAAGGUGGUCCACUUCCUGGGUCAGACCAAGCCGUGGAGCUACACGUACGACCCCAAGACCAAGAGGGUCAGCGGAGACAUGCAGGAGACUUCCACACACACCAGCUUCCUCCUGGACUGGUGGUUCCUCUACUCUUCUUCUGUGGUGCCCAUGAUGGUGGAGGGAUACGGAGACCAGCCUUUCCACUCUGGCUGUGUGGAAGUCCAUCUAGAAUUCCAGUCCCCUGUCAAAGAAAAUUGUGACCACCAUGGUCACUGGCCUGGGUCAUGGUCACAGAUCAAUAGUCACAAGGAAGGUGGCUGGAAGGGAAGCAGCUCGUCGAAUGACUUCCGUCACACUGAGCCAUACAUGGCACCAGAGACCUCUGAGGAACGCAAGCAGAAAUGGGAGCAGGGCCAGGCGGACUACAUGGGAAUGGACUCGUUUGACAAUAUCCAGAAAAAGCUUGACGCUUUUCUCAAAUAAAAGGGAAACUGAGUUUGACUGCAUCAGUUUAGUUACGAUGGGAAACAUUCUAACAUUGUUGGCAGAGGGCAUCUAACUGAGCAACACUUGUAUAGUAUGUUUAUCCUGUUAUAUAUAUGUACUGUGAAGAUUACGACACUGAAGCACCGAUUUAUUGACAAGCUUUUACAAGUCCUAUCUAGUUUUUUUCUAUUUGUGAAGAAAAUGUUUAGAAUUAAAACCGCAAUAAAAUAUAAUAAAUAAAUAUGGCCUUGG